AUGUUAGCUCGUUCUGUCUGGCGACAACUCGCCCGCACGAGACCUAGCUUCACCUCGAAGCCAGUUUCCUGCAGACAUGCCUCAAGUUCAGUAGCUUUCAACUGGGAAGACCCUUUAAACCUCAACAACUUUCUCACAGAAGAAGAGCUUGCAGUGCAAGAAACGGCGCAUUCCUAUUGUCAAGAACGCCUAUUGCCACGAGUUCUAGAAGCAUUUCGCAAGGAAGACUUUGACAAAACAAUCUUGCAAGAGAUGGGAGAAUUGGGUCUGCUGGGUUCCACAAUCAAAGGCUAUGGGUGUGCUGGUGUGAGCAGUGUUGCUGCUGGACUCAUUACACGCGAGGUUGAACGAGUCGACUCAGGGUACAGAUCAGCAAUGUCUGUUCAGAGCUCACUCGUCAUGGGGCCCAUCGAUGAAUUUGGAACACAAGAGCAAAAGGAUAAGUUUCUGGAGAAACUCGGCAAUGGCCAGCUGGUAGGCUGUUUCGGUCUGACAGAACCCAACCAUGGGUCAGAUCCGGGAUCGAUGGAGACAACCGCAAAACCCCAUCCUACAAAAGAAGGUUACUACUCGCUGUCGGGAGCCAAAACAUGGAUCACGAACUCUCCUAUAGCCGAUGUUCUUCUCGUUUGGGCCAAGUUGCAAGAGACGGGCAAGAUCCGAGGCUUCCUUGUUGAGCGGGAGCAUUGCCCGCCGGGAACCCUGGAGACACCACAAUUGAAGGACAAGAACGGGCUUCGAGCAUCGAUAACAGGUAUGAUUCAGCUAGAUGAAUGCCCUGUACCAAAGGAGAAUAUGUUUCCCGAUGUUGAAGGACUCAAGGGACCAUUUUCUUGCUUGAACUCUGCCCGAUACGGUAUUGCCUGGGGCACAAUGGGCGCGCUUGAAGAUUGCAUCAGUCGAGCCCGCGAAUAUGCUUUGGAAAGAAAACAAUUUAAGAACAACCCCAUCGCAAAAUACCAGCUGGUGCAGAAGAAGCUCGCCGAUGCCACGACCGAUGCAGCAUUUGGUUUAGCUGCAGCGUAUCAGGUAGGCAGACUGAAAGACGAGGGCAAAGUGGCACCGGAGAUGAUCUCAAUGAUUAAGCGACAAAACUGUGACCGAGCACUGGUAAACGCAAGGCACUUGCAAGAGAUUUUUGGCGGCAAUGCGGUUAGUGACGAGUAUCACAUUGGGAGGCACGUGUCCAACUUGUUUGUGACUCAGACGUACGAGGGACAGAGUGACAUCCAUGCACUGAUAUUGGGACGGGCCAUUACUGGACUGCAAGCAUUUGUAUAA